AUGUUGCCGGCGAGGUUUGCCUCUGUGCGGCAGAGAAACCGCUCUGGCACGGGCCGGGCUCCCUUUCGGGAUGACACAAAUGUUGUUGGCUUUCGAUACGAGAAGACCAAGCCCGCAGAGCCUCCGGUCCCCCUGCCACCACCAAGGAACCCCCUGCGUUCGCCAAGCUCAGUCAGCAUUGCAAGAUCACAUACGACCACGGCAACGAAUAUAUCGCGGUCCACCUCGACUUCAUCCGCCGCUACCUCGCGCUCAGUGAGCCCCGUGGUUGUUGCACCGCCCGCCUUGGCCUUCAUGCCCUUUAUUGCACCGCCCACAGAACAACAUCCGGCAUUGCGAUCUCCGCUGCCUGCCAGCGCCUACGCUUCCGCGUUGGGCAACCAGGACGGGAAGCGCGACUCGGGACACGCUGGGACUACAGCGUCAGAUAGUGUGAUCCACGAGGAAGACUGCGAGGAUGACUUUGGUGACGACGCUGCAAAACGACAACAACACGACCUUUGCUCAGACGAGAUGCGCCAGCUCGAGCGUCACGGCGCCGUGCCAGAAGCAACCAAACGCGUUGACAGUAGGGCCGAGGGCCGAGCGCUGGUGGGGGCUCCUCCGCCUGCCGGGGCUGCAUUGCCAGGACCCCGUGCAUCAGCCUUCGCAAACUCUCCCUCAACAACACAGACAGACAUCAAUUCGCGUGUUUUUAAGCAGCCGGUUUCCCCUCGGAAGCUCGUCAAGAAUCGCAGUCUCCGCAGCUCUGGAUUCACAGCAUCAAGGUCGAGCGAGUCGUCCGAAAGGGCCAAAGAAGAGCCGCCAAUGAAGUCGGAGCCGGAACCUCUGGUGCGGGGCUCAGUCGCGACCCCAGCCUCCUCCGCGCACAAGCCAGGCCAGAACCAAGGCGCCGUCUCUCUGCAAAGUGUCCUCAUCCCGCCGGAAGGGUUUAACGGACCUUCCAACAGCAUCUCAUCAGCCGUUACCGACUUGGACGCUCAGUUUGCUCCUCUUGCGAUCUCGAUCCCGACUGACGACUUUCUCGAUGAUGCCUUCAUGACCGGCUUGUCCUUUUCGAAUCGCGGCAGUUUAAUGUUUGGUGGCGAGCGCGCAACAGCAGCGACGGCUGUCGAAGGCGGCGUAGUCGACCUGCCGCCAUCUACAACGGCCUCGGCAGACCAUCGCGACGGCAGCGACGCAGGCAUGGCUCCUUCUUCUGGCGAACGGACCGUCCCAGUCGAUGCUAGCAACGACCGAUGCAACUCGAGUCUCAGCGCCGUCACGGCGCAGCCUGUCCCCCACAUUCGCAUCCUCUCGCCCGAUAUCGAAAAAGAAUCUCAAAAGGUGAGAUCUCUCUACCAAGCCGGCGAUGCCAUCAACUGGGAAGAUGGCGCCAGGUUCUCCCUUGACGAGUACUUGGAGCCUACUCCCGAGGUUCCUGCGGAGGAGGACUCUCACGACGACCCCGACCUCACCCCUAUCGCGAACCUUGGGGAAGCCUCCGCCGGGCCAAGGUCUGUAAGCUCCUUUUCCCACUACCCCGACAAUGCACGACGCGAAAAAGAGUUGGCGGGCGGUCUGGAAGACUGGCAAGACAUUGAUGGCGCGGAUGUGGACCGAUAUGGCUUCAUUGCACCGAAACAACCUUCUUCAAGAGUCAGUAUACCGACCGAGCUCAAAUCAGCGCAAUUUUCUCCUAGGAGGCGAAAUGUGCUACACAAAAGGGAAUCCAUCGGGCUCUCAUCUCAGCUGGGCGGUAGAACACCAAGCAGAAAGGUUUCGGCACGAUCUCUCAACACAGUCCACUCGAAAGCGUCGGUUGCGUCCCUGAGGUCCUCACUCUCCUCGCGGUCCGUAAUUCGCCAAGCCAGUUAUCUUUUGCCUCAAAAUCGAAACCGAAGAUGGAUGGACGAGGCCGGUGACAUGUUGACAGUGUCACCAACGCUACAAGACAGAGCGGAAGAGGCACAGGCGGAAAAGAUCUCCGAGGCUCUCAAACGAAAGGAGUGGGAGCGGACUGAAAAGUGGCGCAAGAUGGCCAAGGUCAUCAAGCAAGGCCCUGACGGCCAGGGCAUGGAGUUUGAGUUCGACGUUAAAAGCCCUAAACUUAUUGAGCGAACGUGGAAAGGCAUUCCGGAUCGGUGGCGCGGUGCGGCCUGGUGGUCGUUUCUCGCUACGGCCGCCAAGGAGCAUAACGCGCCUUCUGCCGAAUUCAUCAUAAACUCCUUUCACAAUUUGCAGCAAAGAAGCUCCCCGGAUGAUGUGCAGAUCGACUUGGACGUCCCCCGGACAAUCAGCAUGCACAUCAUGUUUCGGCGGAGGUACCGAGGGGGCCAAAGGCUUCUGUUCAGGGUGCUCCACGCGCUGUCAAUUUACUUUGCAGAGACGGGCUAUGUCCAGGGCAUGGCUUCACUGGCCGCCACGUUGCUGUGCUACUUUGACGAGGAAAAAUGCUUUGUGAUGCUGGUCCGCAUGUGGUCCUUGCGCGGUUUGGACAGGCUCUACCGUCCUGGCUUUGAAGGUCUCAUGACUGCUCUUCGCGAGUUUGACGAAACUUGGCUCACCAAGGCCGUAUCAGAAAGACUUAAGCAGCUGGAAAUCGACUCUACCGCAUAUGGGACGAGGUGGUAUCUGACGCUCUUCAAUCUGUCUAUUCCCUUUGGCGCUCAGUUGCGCGUGUGGGACGUGUUUCUGUUGUUGGGAGAAGGCGUCACGGAGCACCCGUCAAGCUCUUCAGCAAGGUCGUCGGCAAGACCACCGUCAACGACGGAGGAGAAGAGUAGUGAGGCGACAGCUGUGGCUAGCGGGCUGGAUGUUCUGCAUGCGACCGGCGCGGCUCUGAUCCAAGGGCUCAGAGAGCUUCUCUUGGACUCUGAUUUCGAAAAUGCCAUGAAGGCAUUGACAUCGUGGAUACCCAUCAAAGACGAGGACUUGUUGAUGAAGGUGACCAAGGCUGAGUGGAAGACUCACCAGGGCAAGAAGAAGACCUAG